AUGACUCCUGAUAAGUUGUUGUACGAGACCUUGAUGACCGAGAGGCUGCUCGCUCUGUUAAUUGUGUUGGAAUCCGGCCAUACAAAGGGAAGCAGCACUACGCAUCUGUUACACAAAGAAGAAAGCAAGGUUUUGAACAAGGAGAAGCUCAACCGCAAACUUGUGUUUGACACCACCGUUAAUGAAAUUCUUGUGGAGAAACUAGCUUCGGUUGAAGCCACGAUGAAUCCAUUGAUGAAGUCAUCAACUAAGAUGACUAAGAAAGCCAUGAGUGCGCAACAGCUACUGAAAGAACUGUGUUCAGAGAUAGAAACACUGCAAAAGCAAGCCACAAAGAGAUCAGAAAACUUCUUGUUGGAGGAAGAAGACGACUUCUUGAAAAGUAUACUUGCAGAAGAUGUAAUGGUUCGGUCUGGGAAUUGGGUGGACUUCAAUGGAGAAAUCUCAGGAUUGGUGCUGGAUGUGGAGAGGCUUAUCUUCAAGGAUCUGGUGAAUGAGAUCGUACAUGCGGAGACUGGCCGUCUGCAAGCAAAGUCAGGAAGGCGAAGAACGCUUUUCACGGACCAGUAGCUAAGGCUGUUGAAGAAAGACUAGAUAUAUACACUAGUAAUUACUCUUCGUACUCUAACUCUUUAACUGUGUUAAGUGUUUCUCUCU